AUGAAUACAACUUCUAUCUAUCUAUCUAUCUAUCUAUCUAUCUCAUUCUGUUUCUCUAUCUAUCUAUCUAUCUAUCUAUCUAUCUAUCUAUCUAUCUAUCUAUCUCAUUCUGUUCAUCUAUCCAACUAUCUAUCUCAUUCUAUCUAUCUAUCUAUCUAUCUAUCUAUCUAUCUAUCUAAAUCUGUUUUCCUUCUUAUUUUUAUUCCUUUUUAUCCUUCACACUCUUUCUUUCCUUCUCUCUUUCUUUCUUUCUGUUUUUUCUUUCUUUCUUUCUUUCUUUCUUUCUUUCUUUCUUUCUUUCUUUCUUUCUUCCCCACCCCCCAACAUUUACUUAAUUUUUCUUUCUUCAUUCAUUUAUUACUUCUUUUUUAUCCCUUUAUUCUUUCGUUUCUUCCUUUUUUGGCAAUCCCUUCAGCUGUCAUUUGUUUUUAUCGUUCACACCUUUCUUUCUUUCUUUCUUUCUUUCAUUCUUUCUUUCUUUCUUUCUUUCUUUCUUUCUUUCUUUCUUUCUUUCUUUCUCACCCUUCCAAAAUUUUCUUAAUUUAUCUUUAUUUCAUUUAUUACUUCUUUUCUAUCACAUCCUUCUUACUUUCCUUCUUUCUUUCUUUCUUUCUUUCUUUCUUUUCCGACAUUUUUUCAUUUUUCUUUCUUUCUUUUCCGACAUUUUUUCAUUUUUCUUUCUUUCUUUUCCGACAUUUUUCAUUUUUCUUUCUUUGUUUCUUUCUUUGUUUGUUUUUUCUUUCUUUCUUUUCCGACAUUUUUUCAUUUUUCUUUCUUUCUUUCUUUCUUUCUUUCUUUCUUUCUUUCUAUCUUUCUUUUCCGACAUUUUUCAUUUUUCUUUCUUUCUUUCUUUCUUUUCCGACAUUUUUCAUUUUUCUUUCUUUCUUUCUUUCUUUCUUUCUUUCUUUCUUUCUUUCUUUCUUUCUUUCUUCUUUUUCUCUUUUCUUUCUUUGUUUUUCAUUUAUUUUUCUUUCAUUCCAAAAUUUCUUCAAUUUCUUUCUUUCUUUUCCGACAUUUUUUCAUUUUUCUUUCUUUCUUUCUUUCUUUCUUUCUUUUCCGACAUUAUUCAUUUUUCUUUCUUUCUUUCUUUCUUUUCCGACAUUUUUCAUUUUUCUUUCUUUCUUUCUUUCUUUCUUUCUUUCUUUCUUCUUUUUCUCUUUUCUUUCUUUGUUUUUCAUUUAUUUUUCUUUCAUUCCAAAAUUUCUUCAAUUUCUUUCUUUCUUUCUUUUUCGACAUUUUUUCAUUGUUCUUUCGUUCUUUCUUUCUUUCUUUCUUUCUCACCCUUCUAAAAUUUUCUUAAUUUUUCUUUCUUCAUUCAUUUAUUACUUCUUUUCUAUCACAUCAUUCUUACAUUCCUACUUUCUUUCUUUCUUUCUUUCUUUCUUUCUUUCUUCUCACAUUCAAUAA